UCGGGCAGGCACGGGUCGUGUCUGUGUUGGAAGGCUGAGUGACAUCAAGCGACAAGGCCAAUACACUUUCCCACGAGGCAAAAGUAUGCGACUUUGCCCAUGUCCAAACAUGUAUUAACUGGUAUAGGGUCGGGAUAUGGUGUCCUGGCCAGAUCGGCAAAGAAAGUAAAAGAAAAAAUGUCGUCCAUGGAUUCUGACACUGAAAGCAUGCUGUCCGAGAAAGUGUCGUCAACUGCCUCAGAAAGCAGAAAGAAUUCGAAGCCAAUCAUGGAGAAACGACGUCGAGCAAGAAUCAAUGCCAGUCUUGCUGAGUUAAAGUCUUUACUACUGGAAGUAAUGAAAAAAGAGGGUGCUCGUCAAAACAAAAUGGAAAAGGCUGAUAUCCUUGAGAUAACUGUGCGACAUCUUCGAACGUUACAGAAGCAGCAAUUCUCAGCUCUCGCUACUAAUGAUCCUACUCUAAUCAACAAAUACAGAUUGGGAUUUAAUGAGUGUGCCUCUGAAGUAAGCUCUUUUCUUGGAUCUAUGGAAGGAUCAGACGCGGAAGUGAGGUCCAAGCUUCUUAACCACCUCGCCAACUGUAUGGUGAAUCCAGAACCACCAUCACAAACAUCACGAGUUCCUUCUUCUCAAUGUUUGGAUAAUCUCAGGUCAUCUCCACCUCAAACUAUGGGCUUCUGUAAAACCGAAGACAUCCAAAAUCAUCCUCGCCAAACACAACUACCGGAGAACAAUGUCGUUCAAAAUGUGAUUCAAAAUGGACUACGGACAAAUAUUAUGGAUAGCGGAGUUCUGACGAUCCCGACUCAGGAUCCGUUAAUUGCUAAUACAUUAAGUGCUACCCUACCCACUACAUCUACUGCUACGCUCUCUGUUCAAGGAUUGAUAAAUGGUCAACCUCUUCAGAUUCCCCAAUUCCAACAGCAGCAACAGCAGCAACAGCAGCAGCAGCUGCAGCAGCAACAACAACAACAACAACAGCAACAACAACAACAGCAACAACAACUACAACAACUUCAACAGCAUAUUGUACAACAACCACAACAAGUUCAAAUUCAGACAAUACAAUCACAAGCAACUGUUCAACAACAGCCUAGCAUGCAAGUUCAGAAACUUGUAAGUGGUGUACAACUUAUUCCAACGAAAAUGUCAACAGGAGAAAUGGCAUUCAUUAUUCCCGCCAAUCUCUUGUCAAACGGAAACAUGAACAACUACGUGAUUCCAAUGGUGCAGUCUCAGGCAUUGACAACACAAGUUUCUGCUGCAGUAGCUCCAAUUACUGUGGCAUGUACACAAGCUGUAAAUACGGCUCAGACUCAAAAUAUUAAUAUCAAACCAGUUCCUGCCACUAUCAGCAUUCCAUCCCGGCCAAAGGAACCGUUACCAGUGUAUGGACAGCCUAAUACGACAAGCACUGAUCAGUCUGUUAUAUAUGUCCAGGGAGAAAUGUUAAGAUGUAGAACCGAAGACCGCAAUAGUCAGAAUUUUAAUUUUCCUGUAUCACCGAAUAAACAAGAUGAAAUGUGGAGACCUUGGUGACUAAGCAGCAUUUUGUUAUGUUUGUUAUGUUUUAAAACAUCAUAUAUCCCAGUAUCGAGUGUAUGGGAAAACACAUGUGCCUCUCACUUAGUGCUACUGUUUUGUAACAUUCUUUAACACUAUCUCUUAGUCCAACAUUUUGACGAAUAUAUUUAAGACCCUAACCUCUGGGGAAAUAGAGGCAAGCCAAUGAGUAUAUAAUGAAUUUUAUGUCAAACUCUUUUUACUUCUUUCUGCUUAAUCAUUGUUUCAGUUUUGCUUUUUAGUUGACUUGAAUUAUUGUUUCAUUGUUGAAAUUUCAAACAAUGUAUCGUCUUCCCGUGCUAUUAAAUAGCAACAAAUGCUACACAACGAAUAGAUGUUUAAAUGCUUAUAUAUAAUCAUUUAAAAAGAAGUGCCGAUUAUAAGAAUCCUUUGAAUGUAAAAUUAGUGAUUCAAAAGAUGAAUGUGAUAGGUUUGUGAUAUUUUUUGUGAUUGAAGAGCUACGCUGGCUGUGCGGAUGUAUUCCUCGUUACGGAUACUAAAGACUGCUAUUUUCUAAAUAUUUUAUUUAUAGAUUUGAAUAUGCAAUAAAUAUAUAUUACAAAUAACUUUA